AUGCGGUGGGUUCACAACGCCUCCGCGCAAGUCGACCGGGAUAGCAAGUAUCCGAUGUUCAUUUGCGUCUGCGUUAUCAUGAAUUCCACGAUGAUUGCUGCCGUAUCUCUCAGAGCUUACAUUCGAAUAAGAUCUGGCCGUAUCGGAUGGGAUGAUUGGUUCACUUUCGUGGCAGCUGGUCUUACUGUUGUCUACACAGCGGAUGCUCUAUAUCAGACGCGUCUUGGGCUGGGAUUACCACUUGCGCUGCGCCCUCCCGAUGAUCUUCAUGUUUUCACACUGCUUAACUACGCAGGUCGGCCUAUAUACAUCGCGGCCUUAGCGGCCUUUAAGGUUGCCGCCUGCUAUGGAGCUCUGAGAGUGAUCAAGGGCACAAACAGGAGGGCCUUACGGAUUGUGAUCAAACGGUUUAGAGAUUUCAUCGUCGUCAUAAUGUCGUCCAUACCAACAUUGAAUGGGAUGAAUUCGGCCCUAGGGAAGACGGACAUCACUCCUUCUAAUACGGACUACGGUACGGAUUCAUAUCGCGAGCUUCCAAACGCUGGCAUUGAGCUUGAUGAAUUAAGCAAGCUCAGUCGGAUCAUGCGUACGAGGGAAUACGUGAUCGAAAAGUCGAAGAAGCAGGGUGACCCUGAGAAUACUCCAACGGCACCUACAUCAUGGUAA